AGGGAAGGGGAGGGGGGGGAGGGUGACCUCGUGUCUCCCACCGGACACCGCUCGCCCUUUUGUCCGCUUGCUGGAGCUUCGCUUUCCGAGCCCCUCUCGGUCGUCCCGCCUAUUGCUGGAGCUGAUUCGCCGCGGCUCCGGAGGGUUCUCGCCUUCUCCUCGCGGGCUCGACUUUGAUCCUGUCGCGAUUGUCUCGGGGGGCUGCCCGGUGAUCCGACGAGGGCAGGUGGUUGGGACCCUUGUUGGGCACUGAAGAGGAGGCUGCUUACGAGUACCGGUAUCCGGCGAAAUAGAUGUUGUUGAGAUAUGAUAAUACUUGUCGAGUCAGCUGUUAAUCGUCGUGCUCUUUGCGAUAAAGGGGUUCGAGAGAGGCUGUUUCAUUUUGAGAGUACAAGAUGCCAUCCUCUUAUAUUUUGAAACUGAGAAAUGCUGUUCAGAGUGGCGUCCCGAAGUCGAGUGUUGGGAAGGAUGGUAAGGUGCAAGGGCCAGUGGAAGCUCUAGUCGAGCAAGGGAAGUCUUGGUUUGGAAAUUCUAGGUUGUUUCAUUCUGUGCCUUUUUGUCGAGUUCCGGACCUGCAAUUGCUUUUGCCUCCUGGCACUGUUGUUGCGGCAAGAUCAGAUUCGCAGUUAGCUAAUCAAAGAAGAAACAUCUCUGUUGUUGGUGCUCUGUCUCGCACAUUUUCUACUCCUUCAGUGUCCGGCCCUUCGUUUCAGGUUUGUGCAUAUCACGUUGAUCGGGCCUUCUCUGAGUCGGGCCAAUCUGUGGACAGCUGCAAGUUUCAAGAUAAACCGAUGGCUGCCUGUGGUUCAAGAGCUGUGUUGAGUGAUUGCCGUCUGGAUAAUUUGAUUUCAUGGCGUCCACAUCAUUCAGUGUCUACAAAUCAUGCCACUGCUCAUUAUAGCAACAAAAGCUUCGACAGUUGCCAAAGAUUUAGCAUGAGUUUGAAAAAUAAGGAGCAACCCAAUAAGCAUCAGAUAUAUGGAUACUUUGUGUUCAGUGCCUUAAAGGGGAAAUACAACUCUGGUCAAUACUUUGAGUCGGGCCUCAGAGAUCUUUAUGCUUCAUCUUGCAGAAGUUUAUCUACAGGCACUGCUCCAGAUGUCUCCUUUGACAAUUUUUCAAGGGACGAACAGCUCGGAAGUCAAGCAGUGUCUUCUGAGGGAACAAAUCUACCUGGCAAAACGCUGAAGCUACUUUCAGGGUCGUGUUACCUACCCCAUCCUGAUAAAGAAGAAACUGGUGGAGAGGAUGCUCAUUUUAUCUGUUCUGAUGAGCAAGCAGUAGGCGUGGCAGAUGGUGUUGGUGGCUGGGCGGAUUAUGGAAUAGAUGCAGGGCUAUAUUCUCGAGAGCUUAUGUCUAAUUCAAUUACUGCUAUUCAGGACGAGCCCAAGGGCUCUAUCGACCCCUUCAGAGUUUUAGAAAAGGCAUACUCAAGCACCAAAGCAAAGGGUUCAUCCACAGCUUGCAUCAUUGCUCUCACAGAGCAGGGUCUCCAUGCUAUUAAUUUGGGCGACAGUGGGUUCAUGGUAGUCCGGGAUGGAUGCACAAUCUUUAGGUCUCCUGUUCAACAGCAUGAUUUUAAUCUGACCUAUCAACUUGAGUGUGGAAAUAGUGGUGAUUUGCCCAGUUCUGGUCAGGUAUUCACAAUUCCUGUUGCACCGGGGGAUGUUGUGAUUGCUGGUACUGAUGGACUAUUUGAUAACCUCUACAACAAUGAGAUUACUGCUGUAGUUGUUCAUGCGACAAGGGCUGGUCUAGGGCCACAAGUCACGGCUCAGAAGAUAGCAGCAUUGGCACGCCAAAGAGCGCAGGAUAGGGAUCGACAGACUCCAUUCUCUACUGCUGCGCAAGAUGCUGGUUUUCGCUAUUAUGGUGGCAAGCUUGAUGACAUCACUGUUGUUGUCUCCUACAUAACCGGUUCACGAGAUGAAAAACAAUCGUCAGCUUAAGAUGGCACUCCUUAUACAAAAUAUGGGGUCAUCACACGAGACAGGUCAAUUUUGGCACUCGUACUUCUAGGUUAUUAUUUUCAGGGCUCGAGCUGAAAUGGAAUAUCAUGUGCUAGAAAGCGUUUUUACACCCCACAUAGCCAUUUAUUGGUUGAUGAUGUCUGAGCAGCUCCUGUAAAUAUCGUUUGGUCAGCUAUGUCCGUGCUGUAUUCAUGUGAUCAGGAAACACCUGUGACUUUGCAAUAGUUGCGUGAAUGUCUAAUGGAUGAGAUGAGAUUACGGUGA